AUGCAUACUCUUCAAAAAGAGUCCAGUUCAAACCAACCAACCCUGAACGAAGGAGACAGCGUCAGAAACCUAACACAUGACCUCGAAAAACAGCCAACGAGGCAAACCACCGAAACAUCAGCACCAACCACAGAAAUAUUCCCAGAAACAGACCUCAGCUGCGGAAUAGUAGGCUGGGACGGACAAGAUGACCUUAAUAACCCCCAAAACUUCCCGGCCAACAAAAAAUGGACCUUGCUCGCCCUGAUCAGUGCCAUGACUCUGAUCUCUCCGCUGGCCUCGAGCAUGUUCUCACCCGCCAUCUCAUACGUGGCAGCGGAGUUCGGAGAAACAAAUGAGACAAUCUUGUCUUUUAGUGUCAGCAUCUAUAUCCUCGGAUAUGCAUUCGGUCCCCUUCUACUCGCCCCUAUGAGCGAAGUCUACGGCCGCCGCGUCGUCCUCAGUGCUGCAAAUUGGUUUUUUGUGGUCUGGCAAAUCGGCUGCGCACGAGCAAACAGCAUCGAGACCCUCAUCGUCUGCCGUCUAUUCGCCGGAAUCGGAGGCUCGGGUUGUCUAACACUCGGUGCGGGUGUGAUCGCAGAUAUGUUCCCCCGGGAGCAACGCGGCAUGGCAACCGCCGUCUGGGCUAUGGGACCACUGAUUGGACCUGUGGUCGGGCCUAUCGCGGGUGGAUUCCUCGGACAGGAAGCUGGCUGGCGCUGGGUGUUUUGGCUAUUGCUUAUUGUGGGUGGUAUCGUGUCAUUGGGGGUUGAGUUUCUGAACAAAGAGACAUAUGCCGAAGUUCUUAUCCGCUGGAAGACCGAGAAACUCGUGAAGGAGACGGGCCGAAUGGAUUUGCGGAGUGCUUAUGACACAAAUAAGGAGCCCGUUACUUUGGGACAGACCAUGGUGCAGAGUUUCAAGAGGCCGGUUUUGCUGUUUGUCAAGUCGCCAAUUGUGUUCCUUCUGUGUCUUUAUAUGUCCUUCGUUUACGGCCUUCUCUACCUCUUCUUCACUACCAUCCCCAGCGUCUUCACUCAGAAAUACGGGUUCUCCGUUGGCCUAUCGGGACUUGCAUAUCUCGGCAUUGGCUUCGGUUUUAUCGGUGGCCUCGCAAUUAUCGCCUUCACAAACGACCGCAUGGUCAUGUCAGCUACAGCAAAGAACGGCGGCAAGUUCGAACCCGAGAUGCGUCUCCCAAUGAUGAUUAUCUUCGCCUGCAUCCUUCCAAUCAGCUUCUUCUGGUACGGCUGGACAGCCGACAAGCACGUAUUUUGGAUCGUGCCUAUCAUUGGCAUGUUCCCCUUCGGAGUCGGCAUGAUGGGCGUGUAUAUGCCUAUCCAGACAUAUAUCAUCGAUUGCUAUCCCAAAUAUGCAGCGUCCGCCAAUGCCACUUUGACGGCGACUCGCUCCCUGGUUGGAGCUCUGCUCCCGCUUGCUGGGCCGAAGAUGUUCGGUAAUCUGGGUCUUGGGUGGGGGAACUCGUUGCUUGGGUUCCUGGCAUUGGCAUUCAUCCCAGUCCCUAUUGUCUUCAUCAAGUAUGGCAAGGUGAUUCGGGAGAAGUGGCCUAUUGAUCUCGAUGGUAAAGAUUGA